AGAACAGCAAGCUCAUUUCCACAUCUCUGCUCACAGACCUCUACACGGAUAUGAAGGGGCCAGGGUACAGGAGGGAAGGCAGGUGAGACCAGAUCUUCACAACUUAAGUGUUCUCCACAACACUAUGGAUCUAAAGAAAGUGUUAUCCUUCCCUCCAUACCCUGGGGAUUACCUACAUCCCGUGGUGUAUGCCUGCACUGCAGUUAUGCUGCUCUGUCUACUUGUCUCCAUUGUGACGUACAUUGUCCACCACAGUGUGAUCCGAAUCAGCAGGAAUGGCUGGCACACACUCCUCAACUUCCUCUUUCACACAGGACUGACAUUUGGAGUUUUUGCUGGUGGAAUCAAUCAGGUCAACUUACCUUUUGUGUGUCAGAUUGUUGGCAUUGUGCUCCACUAUGCUUCUUUGUCUACCAUGCUGUGGCUGACCUUUACUGCUAGAAACAUCUGCAAAGAUGUUUCCAAGGACCCACUUCAGCGACAGGAUAGGAAUAGGCCUUCCCAGACUCGCACCAAACCAGUCAUCCUCAGAUUUUAUCUUGUAAGUGAUGGAAUCCCUAUCAUAAUAGUUGGAGUCACAGCUGCAUUUGGUAUGGAUAACUAUGGCAGCAGAGAUGAUGCUCUGUAUUGCUGGAUGGCAUGGGAAGCAAGUCUGGGUGGUUUCUACGCUCCCAUGAGUCUUCUGGUCUUAGUCAUGUCUGUGUACUUCUUGUGGACCUAUAUCCAGCUGAAGCGCCACCCAGAGAGGAAGUAUGAGCUGCAGGUUUUGAGGGAAGAGCAGCAACAAUUGUCAUCAAGUGAAUCCAGCCAUCACUGCCAUACUGACACUGGGGGAGCUUCAGUGCCUGCUGGGGACUGCCAAGCCUUUGUUGCAGGCAUGUCGGUACUUGCCAAUGAGCACUCUUUUAAAUCUCAGCUCCGGGCCACAGUCUUCACUCUCUUCCUCUUCCUGGCUACCUGGGCUUUGGGAGCAUUGGCUGUUUCACUGGGACAUUUCCUGGACAUGAUAUUCAGUUGUCUCUAUGGAGCUUUUUGCGUCACUCUGGGGCUCUUUCUUCUCAUCCAGCACUGUGCUAAACGUGAUGAUGUGUGGCACCGUUGGUGGGCUUGUUGCUCGGCCAAGACAGUGGAUGGGCCUGGUGAAGGACAGAACCAUGGACAGGAGCUCCAUCAGCCACACUUCCACUCCCUACUCUCAGGCAAGCAGGAGCUGCUUUCCACUCACCUUAUACAGAGUUCUCACCACAAAAUACCACCGCCUCCCCAAAGCCCAAUGUCAAAUCACAUAGGCCCAUGCUGUGUGGCUGUGAUGAGUCCUGUUAGCCCUUCCCCCAUCUUACCUCUUGCUGAGCCAAUGCCUUCACCAUGUUCACAGUCACUUCCUGAUGAGCUCCCUCAUCCAACUCUUCCCCUGCAAAGCUGUCUUGCCGAUAAAACAAAGCCACGCUCCUUUAACCGUCCACGCCCAUGCUUCCAGGAUUACCGGUCUCACAUGACUUCCACAAGUAUGGAUGGGAGUGUGCACAGCACUCAUCUGGACAGUCCUCAUACUGUGCACCACAUUGAAGCCUCACCACUGGUUUCCAACAGUCCAUACCCAGAUCUCCAGCUUCCGUGCCUCAGCCAUCACUUGGAUAAGCAGCUGGUUUCCUGCCACAACUUGCAACACAAGAUUUCCUGCCACAGUGUGCAAGACUCAAUCGCCUCCUGUAAUAGUCAUACUCACAACAUGCGUGGCAGUAUCUCUUCCUGCCACAGCCUCCUUAUGCCUUCUCACGGGGUUGAUACCUGCUUGUGGCAUAUGUACUGCUCAGCUGAUCACUCUUCCAGCACGAACUGUUGUGAGAGAGCCAGUCCCUUCACCUUGCAUUAUGAGCAAGACCUUGACACUUUGAGCUGCAUGGCAGACAAAGAAAAGGAUAAUGUCUGUCUAGACGUAGAACAGAAAGAUUUCCCAAGAAACACCCUACCUCGGCAGCAUGGUACUGUCAACCGACGAGGACCCAUUGGUCGCAACAGGAGUUUGCAGGAAGAUAGCCUGGUUGGUUCAGAUGCCACAGGAAACAUACGGACUGGCCCCUGGAAGAAUGAAACCACUGUAUAAUCUUGUAAUGACCAGAGCAGCCAAAAAUUUCAGCAAAUUACUUUGUAAGUGUUUGGGUCUUCCUUCCUC